UUGAGGGCAAAGAGGUUAGGAAGCCGGCAUGGCGCUCCGGUCAAUAAAAUCGAUAGCUGGGAGCUGCCUGUGUUGCAGGCAAAGGCGGCGCAGAGGUAGCGCCGCCAUUUUCCCCGAAGGCAUCUUCCGGUGUCUCGCUUCCAAGUUGGAGCAGGAGUUUCCCGAAUAACGGCAGGUUUCCGUUAGCCCCGCAGGCGGCCGACGCUGACUCCCUCCGGGCCCCCCGGGCCGCGCAGCCCCGGUGCGGCGGGGACCGGCCGGUCCCGGGAGGGGGUCGCCAUCGCCCGAGGGCCGUGGCGCUGCCUUCUCGGGGCGAAUGGCGCCGCCUUCGGCUCCGCCGUCCGCCCGGGGAUCAGUAGAGGCUGGACCCGGCCGGAGAAGGGGAAGGAGGCCCAGGGCGGUGAGGUUCGCGGACGUGGCCGUGUACUUCUCCCGCGAGGAGUGGCGGUGCCUGCGGCCCGCGCAGAGGACCCUGUACCGGGACGUGAUGCGGGAGACCUACGGCCACCUGGGCGCGCUCGGCUGCGCCGGCCCCAAACCAGCGCUCAUCUCCUGGUUGGAGCGGAACAGCGAUGACUGGGAACUGGCUGCCCAGGAUCCGCAGGCGGGCCCAAAGGGGGUGCCAUCCCAAAGAAAGACCCGAACCAGAAAGAAUGGAGACAAGGAGGAUCUCCCCGCUAAGGAGGCACCCCGCAAGGGGAAGCGAGGGCGGAGGCCCAGCAAACCCCGACUAAUCCCCAGGCAGACAUCUGGGGGUCCCAUCUGCCCGGAUUGCGGUUGCACCUUCCCCGAUCACCCGGCUCUGGAGAACCACAAGUGUGCCCAGAAUCUGAAAAAGCCUUACCCAUGCCCGGACUGUGGACGCCGAUUUUCCUACCCGUCCCUGCUGGUCAGUCACCGGCGGGCACACUCAGGUGAGUGCCCCUAUGUCUGCGACCAGUGCGGCAAACGUUUCUCCCAGCGCAAGAACCUCUCCCAGCACCAGGUCAUCCACACAGGCGAGAAGCCCUAUCACUGCCCAGACUGUGGCCGCUGCUUCCGGAGGAGCCGGUCUCUGGCCAAUCACCGGACCACGCACACGGGGGAGAAGCCGCACCAAUGCCCCAGCUGCAGCCGGCGCUUCGCCUACCCGUCCCUGCUGGCCAUCCACCAGCGCACGCACACCGGGGAGAAGCCCUACACCUGCCUGGAGUGCAGCCGCCGCUUCCGCCAGCGUACAGCCCUGGUCAUCCACCAGCGCAUCCACACGGGGGAGAAGCCCUACCCGUGUCCGGACUGUGAGCGGCGCUUCUCCUCGUCCUCGCGCCUGGUCAGCCACCGGCGGGUACACUCGGGGGAGCGGCCCUACGCCUGUGAGCACUGCGAGGCCCGCUUCUCGCAGCGCAGCACGCUCCUCCAGCACCAGCUCCUGCACACUGGGGAGAAGCCCUACCCCUGCCCGGACUGUGGCCGCGCCUUCCGGCGCAGCGGCUCGCUGGCCAUCCACCGCAGCACGCACACCGAGGAGAAGCUGCACGCAUGCGAGGACUGUGGCCGCCGCUUCGCCUACCCGUCCCUGCUGGCCAGCCACCGGCGCGUGCACUCAGGGGAGCGGCCCUACGCCUGCGACCUGUGCUCCAAGCGCUUUGCCCAGUGGAGCCACCUGGCUCAGCACCAGCUGCUGCACACGGGCGAGAAGCCCUUCCCCUGUGGCCAGUGUGGCCGCUGCUUCCGCCAGAGAUGGUCUCUGGCCGUCCACAAAUGUAACCCCAGAGCCCCCAGUUGCAGCCCAGCGAUUGUGGGGCCAGGCCAGAAGGGAAAUGCCCAUUAGGAUGGGAAAGGCUGAACUUGUUUCGUUUUCCCGGAUGGGCCCCAGAGACAGCCGUGCCGCGGUUGAAAAGGGCAGCGUUAGGACUCAAACUUGGGUCUUCUGCAACACAGACCUGCAG